GCUAUGGCCACCCAGGUAAUGGGGCAGUCUUCUGGAGGAGGCAGCGGCCUGUUCACCAGCAGUGCCAACCUUGGCAUGGCCUUGCCCAACGACAUGUAUGACUUACAUGACCUCUCUAAAGCUGAACUGGCCGCACCUCAGCUUAUCAUGUUGGCCAAUGUGGCUUUGACUGGGGAAGUAAAUGGCAACUGCUGUGAUUACUUGGUUGGUGAAGAAAGACAGAUGGCAGAAUUGAUGCCUGUUGGGGAUAACAACUUUUCAGAUAGUGAUGCAGAAGGUCUUGAAGAAGACUCUUCCGAAUUAAAAGGGGAACCUCAUGGACUGGAAAGUAUGGAACUUGAUGAUGUUCCAGAGCCCCAGCCUCCAUUUGAAGCACCUGCUGCCCCGGAAGUUUACAGCACCGAGAAUAAAGAUCCUCCUGCUGAAACCCCUGGCCCAGAGGACAAGUGCAAGAACUUGAAGACCAAACCUUUUCGCUGUAAGCCAUGCCAGUAUGAAGCAGAGUCCGAAGAACAGUUUGUGCACCACAUCAGAGUUCACAGUGCCAAGAAGUUCUUUGUGGAAGAAAGUGCAGAGAAGCAAGCAAAAGCCAGGGAGUAUGGUUCGUCCACCCCAGAAGAGGGAGACUUUUCCAAGGGCCCCAUUCGCUGUGACCGCUGCGGCUACAAUACCAACCGAUACGAUCACUAUACCGCGCACCUGAAACACCACACCAGAGCUGGGGAGAACGAGCGAGUCUACAAGUGCAUCAUCUGCACAUACACCACAGUAAGCGAGUACCACUGGAGGAAACACCUGAGAAACCAUUUCCCUAGGAAAGUGUACACCUGUGGCAAGUGUGCCUAUUUUUCAGACAGAAAAAACAAUUACGUUCAGCACGUCCGAACUCAUACUGGGGAACGCCCAUAUAAAUGUGAGCUUUGUCCUUACUCAAGUUCUCAGAAGACUCAUCUAACUCGACACAUGCGUACUCAUUCAGGUGAGAAGCCAUUUAAAUGUGAUCAGUGCAGCUAUGUGGCCUCUAACCAACAUGAAGUAACCCGCCACGCAAGACAAGUUCACAACGGGCCCAAACCGCUGAACUGCCCUUACUGCGAUUACAAAACGGCAGACAGAAGUAACUUCAAGAAACACGUGGAGCUGCAUGUUAACCCCCGGCAGUUCAACUGUCCUGUCUGCGACUAUGCCGCCUCCAAGAAGUGUAAUCUGCAGUAUCACUUCAAAUCUAAGCAUCCCACUUGUCCGAGUAAAACAAUGGAUGUUUCAAAAGUGAGACUGAAGAAAACCAAAAAGCGGGAGGCGGACUUGCCCAACAACAGUGUUGCCGAUGAGAAGGCGGAACCCGAGAAGACAAAAACAAAGGGAGAUGCGACUGGGAAGAAAUGCGAGAAGCCGGGCAAAGUGGAGAAAAAAGAGAAUGCUUCUAAAGAGAAGAAGCCCGGGAACCCCGCAGCCGUGGUCCAGGUGACGACCCGGAUGCGCAAGGCGGCGGCCGCGGAGCCCAGAGAGCCGGGGGCGCACGCCGGGGCCGAGCCGGCCCGCAGAGCCAAGGGCAGCAAGCGGAGGGCGGAGGCCGCGGCCGAGGAGGAGCCUGUGGCCAAGAAGAAAACGAAGGGCGAGAGCAAGAGCAGCCGGGAGGCACCCCGGGGCGACAGCAAAGCGGAGGACACUCGAAAGCCGAAGACCUCCGUGAAAAAAAGUACCAAGAAGAAAACUCCGAAGACAAACAAAUCCAGUAAAAAGAAGGGCCAGUCCCCCGAGGGCGAGCCUGUUCUGAAGGGGCCGUGCCAGAAGAAGAAUGCCAGGCGGCCCCCCAGCCCGAAGCUGCCCGCCCCGCAGCGGGCGCCCUUGCCGCGGGGGGCACCACUGCCACCGGAGGACCCUCCUCUUCCGGCUCCAGCCGAGCCGCUGCCACUGGUGGACCCUCCUCUUCCGGCUCCGGCUGAGCUGCCACCACCGAAGGACCCUCCUCUUCCGGUGGAGCCGCUGCCACGGGUGGAAGCUCUUCCGGAGGAGCCUCCAUCACGGGUGGAUCUCCCUCUUCCGGCCGAGCCGCCACCACUGGUGGAGCCGUUGUCGCAGGUGGACUCGAUGCCGCCAACACCUUCCGCCCCAGACUGUGAUGUGGAAAUGUCGGACACGCUGAGUGAAAUGGCGCGGAAGGAGCAAAUCCUCAAUGAGGUUGGCUUAGUGCCUGUCCACAGAGAGAGCCAGGUUCGCAAGGAAAGUGCCAGCACGCCCGAAGUCCUGCCACGCUCCCCACUGUUGCCAGAGGACAACUUCCAGGAAGAGGCACCAAAAGACCAAAAUUUACACUCUGAAGGAGGAGGAAUUCAAGAAGCCCCUCCUCGGAGAGUCAGAGCAGACGAGGUGGAUAAUCAUCUCGCUGCUAGUACCGAGGAAUCUACCAGUGUUUCAGUUGACGGAAACUUGACAUCGCCGGGGGGUGACAUUUUCGACGGGAAGCAUCAGGCCGACACAGUGCUUUGUGCAAUGGAAACCGACCGCGAUGAGAACACAGCUGAGACGCUCUCUGGUAAAGACUCGGCUGCUGAACCAGUUCCAUCGCUGCUUGUCCCCGCACCAGUAGAGAAAGCAGCAGCAGCAGUGUCCAAAACUGCCGAGACAUCACCCGUGACCACGGCUGUAAACGAGUCUCAGGAAAUCGAUGAAGACGAAGGCAUUCACAGUCAUGAUGGAAGUGACCUAAGUGACAACAUGUCAGAGGGUAGUGAUGAUUCUGGCUUAAAUGGGGCGCGCCCGGUUCCACCAGACGCUAGUAGAAAAAAUGCCGAGGAGGCCUUAGCAGGCAAAGCGGCGGAGGGCGAUUUUGUUUGCAUUUUCUGUGAUCGUUCUUUUAGAAAGGAAAAAGAUUACAGCAAACACCUCAACCGCCAUUUGGUUAAUGUAUACUUCCUUGAGAAAGCAGCUAAGGGGCAGGAGUGAUUAAAUUUUGGACGGAGUUCCACUACUUAACCUUGCCACAUCUAGUCGUUUAUAUUCAUUUAUAGUAGUAGGCAACCUUUUACUCUGUAAGAUUGCUUUAACUCGUGCCCAGUCCUAAUUGUUAAAUGGCACUCCUUGCCUUAAUGACUUUCUGUGUACGGUGGAUUGUUGUGUAGAUCUAGCGAAUUUAAGGGAGUUGUGUACUCAAAGUCAACAGAAAUCUGAAUUCUGUUAGUGUCUUUAAUUGAAGAAAGCCAAGAUGGUGUAGCAGCCUACUGCUUUGUUCAGCUACUAUUUGUCAGUUUGUUCCUAUGUCUGUCGCCUUGUUUCACUUUAUCCGUAGUUCAUUAUUUAGCUCUAUUAAAAUUGGCAUACUCAAUAGCAAAUUACUUGAAGAAUUUGCCUGCUUUAUAUAAAGUUAGCACUUUAAAAUUUUUUUUAGAGAUGAAAAAAAGACACUUAAAUUGAAGAAAAACUCCCAACAAUGGACAGUGUAUCCGUCCAGGUAUUUACUUUCUGAGUUUUGAUCAUUGUUUAUUUGUGUAUGUUAUUGGUCAUGAAAAUGGUGAUUUUGGGUGUGGGUGUUGGGGAUUUCUUUUUUGGUGGUUGGGUUUUUUAAAAAUGGGGGGUGCUUUAAUGGUUUAAAAUGUUGCACAUUGUUAUAUUUUUAACCUAUGCAGUUGAUUUUUUAAAAAAUAGCAUUGUGUUGAAUAGUAACACUUUAUUCCUAUAUAUGCAUGUUUAUUUUGGCCUCUGAAAGAAUGCUUUUAAGUUUUUUGCAUAUGGGCAGUUUUCUUUGCUGCAAUUGUCUGUGCAGGAUAUUUAGUGUGCAAGUUUGUGGGCAAAUGGAACAUGCAGGCUCAAUUUUGUUUUAUUCAUAUCUUUUAUGACAGAAUCUAUUUCACAUAAGAUUAUUUAUUUUGGAUGGAUGUGUAGUAUACUUGCAACUCAGUUUCGAUCUUGCAGUUAAAAAAGCCACGAGGCGCUACUGAGUGGAUUUUAUGUUAAGUGACCAACCAUCAGUAACUAAAUUGUGCCUGUUGGUACAGCUAUGUACUAACUGUACAGUGUUAAAUACUGUCUUUGAGAUAAACACCUUUUUCCAUAGGUGGUUGGCAUCCAUAUGGCUACUCAACUGAAUAACGAAGUGCUAUUUGAAAACUGCAAACCUGAAAUCAUAGCUUCAGGUUAUUGAAACCGGCGCAGGUGAGAUUCCCAAGCCGUUUAUUACACAGCCAGCCUAGAGCGAGUUGGUAGCAGGAGGAGUACUGGUGGGCCAGCUGCCACUUCUUAUGAAUGCAGUGGGGAAGGCCGGUGACAUUUCAGUACAGUCCAGACUGAAAAAUCACACAUUCUCAGGGUUCCCACAAACUAGUGGGUGUCGUCCUGGCUGCCUGUGUGGCCGCCGCCUCCUACAGGUGAGGCCUCAAAGUGAAUUGCAGCUAUCCUGUGCUCCAGUGGGGCAGUGGGCAUGAACAAGGAGGCGUCCUCGCAAAAUGAGUUCUCUAGGUUCUUUGGUCAGUCGCCAAAGAGAUGAAAGAAUCCAACAAAGGUUUUUUGGCCAUUUUUUGUUAAUACAAUGACUUACUCGGUUAAAUAAAAUAAACCAUUAGAAGAUCCUGGACAAUUCUGAUCUCCCGUGGCUUUCUGAAGUAAUCAACUGAGAUAUGGUGGUCUCUGGGAGGCAGGCUUCAGAUUUGGGCAGCACCGUUUUUGCUGUGGAAAGUAUUGAUGACGUGUGGAUAGAAAACUUCUGUUAAAAAUCAUGAGUGAAAAAGUUUGAGCUAAAACAUGUUUGAACUUGGAAUUGGCUGGGAGGCCAAAGAUUGAAGGAAUCUGAGGAUUCUCUCAAGAUAUGAGAAGUAAGUUGUAUAUGUGUGUGUUUGUGUCCAUGUAUGUAUGAAUGACUAAAUGAUGGUGAAUUCUAGGCUCUGACAAUCAUUGUCAACAGAAGAUCCAGUUGCAAAUAUUUAUGUUUUAAAUCUUAAAUUAUAAAGCCAGUUAAAUCUAACAACUAGUUUGAAUGCUCAUUGGUACAUUUUACUUAAAAUGCCUUUACAGUAUGUGUAGAAAGAUUCAUAUUAAGCAUAGAUUGUGAAUCACAGGUGUUUGUGGAUUCUUUCAUACUUCUGGGGAAUGCCGAAGAAUUCAACUAAUUUCUAAUCUAGUUUUUAGACUAGAAUAUGCAGGAAACUAAUUGGUCUAAGAACAUUAUUACUGGAAAUGAGUGGGAGUUCUGAGGCCUUUCUUCCAGAACACAAUGACUUGAUGGUCAGGCCUAUAUUAGGUUCUGAGCCGUAAUGCCAUGUGUUUGUACUUAAUAAAAAUUGUAUCAAUGAAAAAGUAUAUUAGUAAUAUGAACUUCUAGUUCAGCCAGGAGUUCUUCAGUUGAGAAAUGUGAUAUUUGCAUGGAACUGUUUGAUUUUUUUAUUUUCUUAGCCCCCACUCCUACUGGAUAGAACUGAAGCAAGAAUUUUCUUUGACAAAGAAACAAAAUGAACAUGUUAUUUGUAAAUUGAUGCUUAAUAACUAGUGGUAAACUUGAAAUACUAGAAUACAUUAUAAGCCUAAUCUUAGAUAGCCUUAAGGAAAUGUAUCUCUUAACUAUUUUUUGAACACCCUGUAUUCACAUUGGUUUUUAAGAUGUUUUAAAUUAUAUAUUUUUUCUUUUUUAUUUCAGAGCUGCUUCUUCCUUGUGGGGGGGUGGCGGGCUACUUAUUUUGUAUUCUUAAAAUAAAAAAAAUUUUUUUUUAAUUGAGGUAAACUUUACAAGUGGCUAACCCUUCUUGAGAAGGCUGCUUCAUAGCUGGUUGAGAAUACUGUUCCAGUCUUCCAGGCCUUUAUUGUUGCAGUCACUGCUAAAGUCACAUAGUCUUUGGAAUUUGGGGACUGUUUUUGUAUGCGCGCUAGUAAGAAUGUCAACCCAAAAUGAUCCCAUGGCAUGCUACCCUGUGAGCGUUGGCUGUGGAAAGAAUAUCUUGCCUCUGUAGUACAUUAUCAAUUCUGGACUGUAAAGUGGGGGGUGGAGCUUCAUUGUUUCCUUCCUGUAUAAAUCAGGAAUAUUUACAGCCAGAAUGCCAUUUUCCAGCCAGUUUCCUUGUUGGCUUCAGAAGGUGAACUGAAAUAUUGGCGGUAAUUCGAUGGCAAGGAAUGACCCAAAUCGUGUGUGUAGAUUUACAAUCUGCAUGCAAUUUACUGUCUUAAUAGUUUUUGUGUUGUGUACAGGCUCGACCCCCAAACCUGCAUUCGUUAGUUAUUGAACUUUUUAUAAGCUGGCAUCGAAACUGCAACAAAAUUGUACCGAUUUUUUUUUUUUUUAACUUUUUACAGUGCAAUACGUGUUUUUCUGAAGCAAACCAAAGGUAAAUUUCUCAUGGUUCUUGCUGCCUGCCUUUGCAGCAUUUGAGGGAGGAUCUUUUUAUACAUUUGUACUUGUAAUCGAUGAAAAAAUAAACCAGAUCGCAAAUCCCUGUUUUGUUUUGAAUCUUAAACCAUGUACCAAGUCUUUGGUCCAAAUUAUGUAGGAUAAGUUGAACUUAAAUUGUAUUCUAUUAACCAUUAUAAGUGUAUUUCUGUAAGUAUAGUUAUGUUUAAAUAAAGUUUAAAAUAAAACAAA